UGCGGCGGCGGCGGCGGCGGCGGCGGCGACCCGGGUGGAGCGCAGCGCAGCGCAGCCGAGCCGGCGCGGAGCGGGCGCCCGCAGCCCCGGCAGCGCCAUGGUGGAGGCGGCGCCCCCCGGGCCCGGGCCGCUGCGGAGGACCUUCCUGGUACCCGAGAUCAAGUCGCUGGACCAGUACGAUUUCUCGCGGGCCAAGGCAGCGGCCAGCCUGGCGUGGGUGCUGCGGGCCGCGUUCGGGGGCGCAGAGCACGUGCCCUCGGAGCUGUGGGAGCCCUUCUACACGGACCAGUACGCGCAGGAGCACGUGAAGCCCCCGGUGACGCGGCUGCUGCUCUCGGCCGAGCUGUACUGCCGGGCCUGGCGCCAGGCGCUGCCUCAGCUAGAGGCGCCCCCCAGCCCCUCUGCUCUGCUGGCCCUGCUGGCACGGAGGGGCAUGGUGCCCGCGCUGCCGGAGCGCCCGGUGCAGGAGGCCGACCUGAGACACCAGCCCGUCCUCAUGGGAGCCCACCUCGCUGUCAUUGACGCCCUCAUGGUGGCCUUCGCCUUGGAGUGGACGAAGACGCCGCCCAGUCCUUUGGCGCUGGCCAGCUUGGAGCACAAGCUCCUCCUCUGGGUGGACACGACAAUCCGGCGGCUGCAGGAGAAGACGGAGCAGGAAGCAGCCCGGAGAGCAUCGCCUGCGGCGCCUGCAGAUGGGGUGGCCCCAGCGCAGCCCUCGUGCCCCACACGCUGGUACUGGAAGCUGGUUCCUCACGCAAUUGCCUUCUGUUUGAAGGAGUCGGGGAGCAAACCCCCCAUGAUCCGGUAUCGCAAGGACCGCACUGCGGCCCGAUGUGCCCCCUGCUUUCCCACCGUGACUGGCCUCCAGGACCUGGCGAGUGGGGCCGCACUGGCCGCCACGAUCCACUGCUAUUGUCCCCAGCUGCUGAGACUUGAGGAGGUGUGCCUCAAGGACCCCAUGUCGGUGGCCGACAGCCUGUACAACCUCCAGCUGGUGCAGGAUUUCUGCGCCUCCCGCCUUCCUCGGGGUUGCCCACUGUCCCUGGAGGACCUGCUUUAUGUGCCGCCACCCCUCAAGAUCAACCUCGUGGUGCUGUUGGCUGAGAUGUUCAUGUGCUUUGAGGUGCUGAAACCCGACUUCGUGCAGGCCAAGGACCUGCCUGACGGUCACGCCGCCUCCCCCCAGGCCACAGAGGCCUCCACCCCUCAGAACAGCAGUGGCAGUAGUUCUCCUGUCUUCAACUUCCGCCAUUCACUCCUGUCACCUGGUGGCCCCCAGUCCCCACUCCGAGGAUCCACAGGCUCACUGAAGUCCUCCCCAUCCAUGUCCCAUAUGGAGGCCCUGGGCAAGGCCUGGAACCGGCAGUUCAGCCGUCCCCUUUCCCAGGCUGUGUCAUUCAGCACCCCCUUUGGCCUGGACAGCGACGUGGAUGUCGUCAUGGGAGACCCGGUCCUUCUCCGCUCUGUCAGCUCCGACAGCCUGGGCCCCCCGCGCCCCGUGCCAGCCCCGGCCUCUGCCCACCCACCCCCGGAGCCUGGAGACCUGCCUACCAUCGAGGAGGCCCUGCAGAUCAUCCACAGCGCCGAGCCCCGGCUACUCCCAGACGGGGCCGCUGAUGGCAGCUUCUACCUCCACUCACCUGAGGGGCCCUCCAAACCCCCGCUGGUCUCCCCCUACCCACCCGACAAAGCACCUGCCUACUUGCCCCACGAGGUCCCCUCAAAACUGUCUCCCUGCCUGGCAGGGGAGGUACUGAAUCCACCGGCCCUGUCUGAGGGCUCCCCGAAGGUGGGGCCUUCAGCCUCAGCUGCCAGCAACUCUGAAGUGAAGAUGACCAGCUUUGCUGAACGCAAGAAGCAGCUGGUGAAGGCUGAGGCCGAGGCUGGAGCGGGCUCCCCGGUGUCCACCCCGGCGGAACCAGCGGCUCUGAGCUCCGAGAUGAGUGAGCUUGGAGCCCGGCUAGAGGAGAAGCGGCGGGCCAUCGAGGCCCAGAAACGGCGGAUAGAAGCGAUCUUUGCCAAGCACCGCCAGCGCCUGGGCAAGAGCGCCUUCCUGCAGGUGCAGCCACGGGAGGCCGGAGGGGAGGCCGAGGCCGAGGUGGAGGCCGAGGCCGAGGCAGAGGCAGGCCCUGCCCCCGGUGGGGAGCGGCCCGCGGGGGAGGGCCAGGGUGAGCCGUCCCCACGGCCCAAGGCAGUGACUUUCUCACCAGAACUGGGCCCAGUGCCCCCCGAGGGCCUGGGGGACUAUAACCGGGCGGUCAGCAAGCUGAGUGCUGCCCUGAGCUCGUUGCAGCGGGAUAUGCAGAGGCUCACAGACCAGCAGCAGCGGCUCCUGGCCCCGCCCGAGGCCCCCGGACCCACCCCGCCUCCUGCUUCGUGGGUCAUCCCUGUCCCCAUGGCGGGUCCCAAAGCUGCAUCUGCCAGCCCCACACGGCGAGCCCCCGCUGUCCGGCGCAGCCCCGGGCCUGGCCCCAGCCCAACACCCCGCAGCCCGAAGCACGCGCGGCCAGCAGAACUGCGACUGGCGCCCCUGACGAGGGUGCUCACGCCUCCCCAUGACGUAGACAGCCUCCCCCACCUGCGUAAGUUCUCGCCGAGCCAGGUGCCCAUGCAGACGCGCUCCUCCAUCCUCCUGGCAGAAGGGCCACCUCCAGAGGAGCCCAUGGCCAGGCCGGGCCUCAUCGAGAUCCCCCUGGGCAGUUUGGAAGAGCCCUCGGCCGAGAAUGAGGGGGAUGGGAGCCCCCCUGGUGCUGACGAUUCCUUAGAGGAAGACGGUUCUUCAGAGGGAGUUCCCCGCACUGGGCUGGGCUUCUUCUAUAAGGAUGAAGACAAGCCCGAGGACGAGAUGGCCCAAAAGCGAGCCAGCCUGCUGGAGCGGCAGCAGCGGCGGGCGGAGGAGGUGCAGCGCCGGAAGCAGUGGCAGGAGGCCAAGAAAGAGCAGCAGCGGGAGGAGGCUGUGCGGCUGGCCCAAGAGGAGGUGGCCCCUGCCCCCCCAGCCCCCGCUGCCAGGGCCCCAGCUGAAGAGGAGGUGGGCCCCCGGCGUGGGGAGUUCACACGGCUGGAGUAUGAACGCCGGGCCCAGCUGAAGCUCAUGGAUGACCUGGACAAGGUGCUGCGGCCGCGGGCCUCAGGAGGGCCCGGCCGGGGAGGACGGAGGGGCCCCCGGCCACGCUCUGGUUGCUGUGAUGAUUCUGCCCUGGCUCGAAGCCCAGCCCGCGGCUUGCUGGGUUCCCGGCUCAGCAAGGUCUACUCCCAGUCUACCCUGUCACUGUCCACAGUGGCCAAUGAGGCCCCCAAUAACCUCGGCGUGAAGAGGUCCACGUCUCGGGCUCCAUCCCCAUCAGGCCUCAUGUCCCCAAGCCGCCUUCCUGGUAGCCGUGACUGGGAGAAUGGCAGCAAUGCCUCUUCGCCUGCAUCAGUGCCUGAAUACACAGGUCCCCGGCUGUACAAGGAGCCCAGCGCCAAGUCCAACAAGUUCAUCAUCCACAACGCCCUGUCGCACUGCUGCCUGGCAGGCAAGGUGAACGAGCCGCAGAAGAACCGCAUUCUUGAGGAAAUUGAGAAGAGCAAGGCCAACCACUUCCUGAUCCUCUUUCGGGACUCAAGCUGCCAGUUCCGGGCCCUGUACACGCUGUCCGGGGAGACAGAGGAACUGUCCCGGCUGGCAGGCUACGGCCCCCGCACCAUCACGCCCGCCAUGGUUGAAGGCAUCUACAAGUACAACUCAGACCGCAAGCGCUUCACCCAGAUCCCCGCCAAGACCAUGUCCAUGAGCGUAGAUGCCUUCACCAUCCAGGGGCACCUCUGGCAGAGCAAGAAGCCCACUACCCCCAAGAAGGGGAGCAGUACCCCCAAAUAGCCCUGCCCGGGUGGUGCUUGGCCACCACCCUCUCAGAGGACGUUCAGGGGGGAUUCCUGGGUCCUGUCUGUCCCUAACCUUGUCUGGGUGGGGCUGGAGUCCCCACCCUCUAAUUUUCGUCUCAUCCUGCUGUGGGGGCUGAGCUGGGAGGUUCAGGGACUCAGGGCUCAGCUUGGUCCCCCGUCUGUCCUCCUACUUUCUUGAAUAAAAUAAUUUAAAGUGACCUU